AAACCUGACGAAAUUGUCGCUGAUAUUCAGUCACAUGCUCGCCGAGCUCAAAGCCAUCUUUCCCAACGGCCUGUUUCAAGGGGAUAACUUCAGAAUCACCAAAGCGGAUGCCGCAGAGUUCUGGAGAAGAUCGUUUGGGGACAAGACCAUCGUGCCUUGGAAGGUGUUCCGGCAGGCCCUGCAUGAGUUUCACCCCAUCAGCUCAGGCCUGGAGGCCAUGGCUCUCAAAUCCACCAUCGACCUCACCUGCAACGACUACAUCUCCGUCUUUGAGUUCGACAUCUUCACCAGGCUUUUCCAGCCAUGGUCAUCACUGCUAAGAAACUGGAACAGCCUGGCAGUGACUCAUCCGGGCUACAUGGCCUUUCUCACCUAUGAUGAAGUUAAAGCUCGUCUGCAAAAAUUCAUCCACAAGCCCGGCAGCUAUAUUUUCAGGCUGAGCUGUACGCGGCUCGGCCAGUGGGCUAUUGGUUACGUCACAGCUGAUGGGAAUAUCUUGCAGACCAUUCCUCAUAACAAACCCCUCUUCCAGGCCCUCAUCGAUGGCUUUAGGGAAGGAUUCUACCUUUUCCCUGAUGGCCGCACACAGAACCCUGACCUCACAGGGCUGUGUGAGCCCUCGCCUCAAGACCAUAUCAAAGUCACACAGGAGCAAUAUGAGCUCUACUGUGAGAUGGGCUCUACUUUCCAGCUGUGUAAGAUCUGUGCUGAGAAUGACAAGGAUGUGAAGAUUGAGCCCUGCGGCCACCUCAUGUGCACUUCCUGUCUCACAGCCUGGCAGGAGUCAGAAGGCCAGGGCUGCCCGUUCUGUCGCUGUGAAAUUAAGGGCACCGAACCCAUCGUCGUUGACCCCUUCGAUCCCAAGGACCCCAAUAGUGGAGCCUCCUACGGAGGCUGCAGGAGCAUGUUUGGGGCCGAGGGAGCCCCUUCGCCCAGCUACGAUGAUGACGAUGAUGAUCGCUUGGAGGACUCUCCUUUCAUGAUUAGCAAGCUGGUUGGUGCUAAAGUGGAGAGGCCGCCCUCACCGCUGUCAGCUGCCCCUCAGCCCGUCGUUCCCCCAGUACCUCCUCGGCUGGAUCUGCUUCCUCUCAGACCCACUAACCCUCCCGGGGCCUCUAGUCCAGGCGCCACAUCCAAGGCCCCAUCCCAUCACAAGGACAAGCCGUUACCGCUUCCCCCGUCCCUUAGGGACCUGCCUCCUCCUCCUCCCCCAGACCGACCACACCCAACCGGAUCAGACAACUGGCUCCCGAGACGCCCUCUUCCCAGUACGCCUGGAGAACCUCCUCGGGACAAACUGCCUCCUGCCCCACCUAACCGCAACAUGCCGGACUGGAACUCCCGGCCCGUACCCAAAGCUCCAUCACAGCCACCAGCAAGCGGAGACUCACGUGGGUCUCGAGAACUCUCAAACAGACACUCUCUGCCUCUCCAACUGCCCUCCACGCUCGACGCCAGAGCAGAAGGCCAGAGGAACAACGGCCCCCCCAGCCUCGACCACCAGCUGAGUUUCGGAUCAUCCAAUCCUGGGUCAGAUUACGACAGCCCGAAAGUAAAGCCAUCUGCCUCUGCUAAUGCCAUCUAUUCCUUGGCAGUCAGGCCUCUCCCAGCAGUCAAAUCUCAGACCGGGGAGGACACCUGUGAGAACGAUGAGGAGUCUGAGUACAUGACUCCUUCCUCUCGGCCAGUGCUGCCCUCUGCUGCAGGGGAAGCUGUGCCUAGACCACCUCCUCCACUUUCUCUCAGUCCCAGGAGUAUGCUCAAUGAAAUGGAGUCAGAAAGCCCACAGAUGUACGAAGCUAUGUACAACAUCCAAGCCCAGGCCCUUACUGCCUCUGCACCACAUCAGGCCAGAGACUCAGAUUACUCUGAAUUGCCUCCUUUGACCUGCUCUAAUGGCCCGAGGGAUCCUGUUGAUGCAUGUGGUGUGGAGGAAGAGGAGAACAGCUAUGACUAUCCCAAGCCCCAUAUACCCACCAACCUCGCCCGACGCACGCUUUCAGAUAUUAACCCUACAUCCUCAGCCUUCAGCCGCCUUUCCAUGGACAGCGAGCUUGGAGCGUCAGCAACAGUCAUGGACCCCAAUGAAGCCCCUGAGCGGCCUCCUAAGCCUCUUCCCCGUCGUAUCAACUCAGAUCGCAGGCCCAGCCCGGUUCCCCCCGGAGCGAGCCCAGGGCCCAGCCAGCAGAUCAGCAGUGAGAUCGAGCACCUCUUGAGCCAGGGCUACUCCCAUCAGGACAUCCAAAAAGCCCUUAUGAUUGCACAGAACAAUAUCGAGAUGGCCAAGAACAUCCUGAGGGAGUUUGUGUCCAUCCCUUCUACUGCACAUAUCUUAACAUAGCGAAACUUCUCCGAGCAUCCAGCCGCGGCCCGGCCACGCUCGUCACGCAUUUGUCUAGACUCCAGAAGAACAGAGCGCAACUUUGCUCUCUAGCUCUAGUGACGGCGAGAGACAGUUUCUCCGUAACACUUCUCGGAUUCUCUGUCCUCCUUCGUGUGCGUGGAAGAGCGAGGGGUCCGUUGCGGCUGCUUCUUCAGCCUGAAGGCAACGCAUGUCCCCUAAGGACAAAAA